UCUCACGCUGCAACUCCCUUUACCAGACUUCUUCACGUCUACCAAGUAGUCCAGUAGACACAUUCAUACUUGCUCAUUUCUAGCUUAGUCCAAGUCAUACACCAAUCUAUUCGUCGAGAGAAAGGACGGCAAUAUGACUGGAACUGAGACGAUCGAAUUCAAGGUAACUGGACCUAAGAUCUCAGCCAAGCGACAAGCAGACUCUGCAGCCAACCCCACAUCAUCCAAGAAAGUCAAAAUGGCGCACCAGCUCCAGAAGGUGGAAACCCUUCUGGCCAUACAUCGCCGACCAUCUACAUUCUCGACUCGCAAGGAACUCGACGAUCUGGAAGCCAAGCUUGGCGAAACGCAGCACAAGCUCGUAUCUGAACAGUAUGACUCCAAGUUAUUACUGCAAGCAUUCAAUAUCGAAAUUGAAUGUCAUGAGCGUAUAAAGGUAGACCUUAUGAAAGCCAAGAGAACAAACGCGGAGAUUUGGAGGGACCUUGAUUCGAAGGCCGACGAAUGCACGAAUCUGAUCUCGGAAUUAGCUUCUAUGCACUGUCAGCUUGGGGACGCGAAAGCAAGUACGGAAAGCUACGAGGUAGCCGCUCUCGAUGCCAAAUUUGAUGUCAUGCUCGAAAAGAAGAGACGUAGACGCUGGCAGAAUCGCGCUCAAGUACUGUACUCGAUGUUGGUACAGGAGGUGGAGCACAGAUACGAGGAGGGUAGUGAAGGCCUGGACGAAAUCAAGAGCAGUCUGGCUGAGACGUUUGGGCUGCCUUUGGCGCCAGGACAAGCUGAGGUAUACAGUGAUGAAGAUACUGACGAGGAUAACGAGGGUGAGGACGAAGAAUGUCGAGAGAGUGACUAAGGCAUAAAGACUGGCCACCAGAGUACAUGUGUCGUUAUUGUCAAGAUCAACGCCAGGGAACAAAUGGGUAUCUUCCUAAAUAAUAUCCCGCUCUCUGUCAUUACGGCAACUAUUAAACCUUUAACAGCAUGCGGACUGUCGGAAUAAAGCCUUCACUGUCCUUCUCCUGUUGGUCAAAAUCUUGUUUGAAAGCCGCUA